GCUUUUCUUAAAUGCAGUGUGGUUGCUUUGGCAUCCAUAUGCAUGUGCUACAGCCAGUUGAGAGCCUAUGGGUUCCGUGGCCUGAGACCUUCCUACCAGCUGUGGGACCUGCUCCAGCUUGUGAGACAGGGCUCUCCUUUCUUUCUAAGCUCCCUGCAGUUAAAAGAGUCUCUGUUUUGCAACAUGCUGUGCUUUCAUCUUGUCUCUGCUCUUUGCCAGAGCUUUUGGCUCACUUUUUUCCUCUUGAAUGUCACUUCUCAGCCACCCUUCUGCAGACUACAGCAGGGUGUGGGAAGAGCUGAGCACCAUCUCCUGGAAGCACCAAACAUAAACCUGCAACGACAACAGAUGCUGGACCUGAUGCCCUGCCUGGGAGCACUGUGACAAAGCCUGCUUUGUGUCUGGCUGCUCCUCUCCUUUGCUGCCUGCCUGGGGACUAGCUCAGCCGACAUGUGGCUGUGACUGAUCUGGGCACAACAUGGACACAGCUCCGAGGGGUCUGUGUGCUGUGCAGUCAAGCCAGAGGUGGGCUGGGCUGCACAGCUGUUCCUGGAGGCAACAGCAGCAGGAUUCACAGUGGCAGGCAAUGUUUGGUUCCCGUGGACUGCGCAGGAGAGCAGGAUCAGCCAUCAGGGCUGACAAGAGGGACCGGGGCUGGGUCAGCCUGUCAGAAGGGGGGAUGAUGCCUGUGAGACUUGGCUAGAGGAUGUCUUUAAAUCCAGUUCUGGAUUUAAUUCUGGAUUAAAGCUGCUGCCUAGUGGGCUCAGCUUGCAGCCACCUACAAGCCUGCAGAGGAGAGGGCUGCAUCUCCCAAAGCUGUCCCUGCAGCUCCUCUGCUUUGAUACGGCUUGCCCUUUCCUACUGGUUCCCUCUCGCCAGGUCCCCUCUCUGAAGCAGUUGCAGUGAAUAACAUACUGUCCUCACAGUGCUGCUGGCUCAGAUGGUGACAGGAACAACACAGACUUUCCCGUUCCUCUCAAAAACUGCAGGACAGGGAGGAACCCUUGGAAAUGCUCUGGAUGCAUCUGUAGAACCAGCUUGUGCCACGCUCAUCUCUGGUCUGACCCAUCUCCAGGUUGCCCCCAAGAGAAUCCACAUGAUAAUAAGAUAAUAAUAAGAUAUAAGAUAUAAUAAUAAGAUAAUCACUUAGGGCAGAUGACAAAACUCUUUGAAAGAACUGUGGAGGUUGAAGAUGGAACCCUGUGGCUACUCUGAGCUGCAAGACAAGGAGCCGUUUGUCUUCAGACCCUUCCCUUGGGGCCCAUGGAGAGGAGGGUCUGCUCAGGGAGGGCAGUGGCUUCCCAGCCCAAGCCUUAGUGACAGUGCUGGGAUUGCCUCUGUGGGGCAUGCCCGCAGUGUACGUACCAGCAAGCCCAUGGAAAGCCUCCCUGGUGUGUGUGGUCUGGGCUGGGCUGUGGGGAUGACGGAGCUCCGCUCUGGAGUGAGCUGCCCUAGGCUCGCUCUUUUCACCAGCUCAAAAUCUGUGAAGGGAUGAAUGGGGUUCUUGCUUGUGGCUGGCAUGGCAGAAUACGUCCCCCAGCCUCCCUCCACCUGGCCCGUGGGCGCACAGCCCCCUCACACCUCUGCUGUCUGCCCACUGGAGCCUGUGGAUCUGGGGGUCUCAGAGCAGCAAACGCCGCCGGAGCAGCCGCCGACCUCCCCUGAGCUGGGUGAGGAUGAGGAGGUCACCUCCCCGCCGGACCCUGAUGUCCCUUACCCUGACUUGGCCCCGGUUGUCUUCUUCUGCUUGAAGCAAACCACCAGCCCGCGGAGCUGGUGCAUCAAAAUGGUGUGCAACCCCUGGUUUGAGUGUGUCAGCAUGAUGGUGAUUUUGUUAAAUUGCGUUACCCUGGGGAUGUACCAGCCAUGUGAGGAUAUGGACUGCCUUUCCGACAGGUGUAAAAUCUUGCAGGUAUUUGAUGAUUUCAUCUUCAUCUUCUUUGCCAUGGAAAUGGUCUUAAAGAUGGUGGCCCUGGGGAUCUUUGGCAAGAAAUGUUACCUUGGAGAUACCUGGAACCGCCUGGAUUUCUUCAUUGUCAUGGCUGGGAUGGUGGAAUACUCCCUGGAUCUUCAAAACAUUAACUUGUCUGCAAUCCGUACUGUCCGUGUCCUGAGACCCCUGAAAGCUAUCAACCGUGUGCCUAGCAUGCGCAUCCUUGUGAACUUGCUCCUGGACACCUUGCCCAUGCUGGGGAAUGUUCUUCUCCUCUGCUUCUUUGUCUUCUUCAUCUUCGGCAUCAUCGGGGUGCAGCUGUGGGCUGGGCUGCUCCGCAACCGCUGCUUCAUGGAGGAGAACUUCACAAUACAAGGUGACAUUGUCCUGCCCCCUUAUUACCAGCCUGAGGAAGAUGAUGAGAUGCCCUUUAUCUGCUCACUGUCAGGAGACAAUGGAAUUAUGGGCUGCCAUGAGAUACCCCCACUGAAGGAGCGGGGCCAUGAAUGUUGUUUGGACAAGGAUGAUUAUUAUUACUACAACUCAGUCCGGCAAGAGUUCAACAUCAGUGGCAUGUGUGUCAACUGGAACCAGUACUACAACGUGUGCCGUACAGGCAACGCCAACCCGCACAAGGGUGCCAUCAACUUUGACAAUAUCGGGUAUGCCUGGAUCGUGAUAUUUCAGGUGAUCACACUGGAAGGGUGGGUAGAGAUCAUGUACUAUGUGAUGGAUGCCCAUUCCUUCUACAAUUUUAUCUACUUUAUCUUGCUGAUAAUCGUGGGCUCCUUCUUCAUGAUUAACCUGUGCCUGGUGGUCAUCGCCACGCAGUUCUCUGAGACCAAGCAGCGAGAGCACCAGCUGAUGCAGGAGCAGAGGGCCCGGUACCUCUCCUCCAGCACUGUCGCCAGCUACAUGGAGCCAGGAGACUGCUAUGAGGAGAUCUUCCAAUACAUCUGCCACAUCGUGCGCAAAGCCAAACGCCGCACCCUCGGGCUGUACAACAGCAUACAGAGCCGGCGCCAGGGCCACGUGGAGCCGAGUGAUGCCAAGCUAGGCACGAACAGGAAAAAACAGAGGCACUACAGGCUUUGCCAGCAGCACAACUCUCUUGACUGCCCUUCUCAGGGCUUGGUCCAGCCCAUUGCUAUGACAGCAACCUCUGAUCCCACCAACUGCCCCCGAUGCCAUAGGGGGGAGCACGAAGCAUCCCGAAGGCUCUCUGUCCUGGAUAGCGCUGACUCAGACCAGGAGGAUGGAGGAGCCAGCGAAGAGGAGGCAGAGAGCAGCAGAGAGGACCAGGGUGUCUCAGCACUGGAGAAGGAGGAGGAGGAGGUAGAAGAAGAUGGAUGGCUGAAGCUCUGCAGUGACAUGUGGAGAGAAGUGAGGGUCAAGCUUCGAGGGAUUGUGGACAGCAAGUACUUCAACCGUGGGAUCAUGAUUGCAAUCCUGGUGAACACUAUCAGCAUGGGCAUCGAGCACCAUGAGCAGCCAGAGGAAUUGACCAAUAUCUUGGAGAUCAGCAAUGUUGUCUUUACAAGCAUGUUUGCCCUGGAGAUGAUCCUGAAACUUGCUGCUUUUGGCCUCUUUGAUUACCUCCGCAACCCCUACAACAUCUUUGACAGUAUCAUCGUCAUCAUCAGCAUCUGGGAGAUCAUCGGCCAGUCGGAUGGGGGCCUCUCUGUGCUGAGGACUUUCCGUCUCCUGCGGGUGCUGAAGCUGGUGCGUUUCAUGCCCGCCCUGCGCCGCCAGCUUGUGGUGCUGAUGAAGACGAUGGACAAUGUAGCCACCUUCUGCAUGCUUCUCAUGCUUUUCAUCUUUAUAUUCAGCAUCUUGGGAAUGCACAUCUUUGGUUGCAAGUUCAGCCUCAGGACAGACACAGGAGAUACAGUUCCUGACCGGAAGAAUUUUGACUCCCUGCUGUGGGCCAUUGUCACCGUCUUCCAGAUCCUAACCCAGGAGGACUGGAAUGUUGUGCUCUAUAAUGGCAUGGCCUCCACCUCGCCUUGGGCAUCCCUCUACUUUGUGGCUCUCAUGACAUUCGGCAAUUACGUGCUCUUCAAUCUGCUGGUGGCCAUUCUUGUGGAGGGGUUCCAGGCUGAGGGUGAUGCCAAUCGGUCAUACUCAGAUGAAGAUCAGAGUUCAUCAAACAUGGAGGAGUUAGAUCAGUUCCAAGAUGUCCAAGAAGGCUCAGAUCCCAAGCUCUGCGCAAUUCCUGUGACACCUAAUGGACACUUGGACCCAUCCUUGCCCUCCACCCCACCAGUGGCUGCUGGGGGGGUCACAAACUCUUCGCGCAACUCCCUGCAGCCUGACCAGAUCCGUGUUGCUGUUGGUUCCCGGAAGAGCAGUGUGAUGUCCCUGGGGAGAAUGACCUGUGACCAGCGGUCAUUGUCCAGCUCCCGCAGUUCCCACUAUGGUGCCUGGGGCCGCAGUGGGCCCUGGGGCAGCCGCCGCUCCAGCUGGAACAGCCUGGCCCGGGGACACAGCCUAAAGCACAGACCUCCCUCUGCUGAGCACGAAUCCCUCCUGUCUGGAGAAAGGCACGGGACUGGGACAGCGGAUGGGGAGCCGGAUGGGACAGGAAGGGUGUUGCAUCACCGCCGGACGCUCUCCCUGGACAACAAAGGCUCCUGUGACCUGCUGGAGUUGGCCUCAGUCCCGUCUGGCUACAGAGUGGCCCGUAAGCUGGGAGCAGCGUCUGGGGCCAGUGAGCAUCAAGACUGCAAUGGCAAAAUGCCCAGUAUUGCCAAGGAGAUCUUCCCAAAGAUGGACAACCGCAAGGAACGGGGAGAGGAUGAUGAAGAGAUAGAUUAUAGCCUAUGCUUUCGCAUCCGAAAGAUGAUGGAAGUUUAUAAACCAGACUGGUGUGAGUUACGGGAAGACUGGUCCAUAUAUCUCUUCUCUCCACAAAACAGGUUUCGCCUCCUCUGCCAAACCGUCAUUGCUCACAAACUCUUUGACUAUGUUGUGCUGGCCUUCAUCUUCCUGAACUGCAUCACCAUUGCUCUAGAGAGACCACAGAUUGAACACAGAAGCACGGAGAGAAUCUUUCUCACUGUGUCCAACUACAUUUUCACAGCAAUUUUUGUAGCUGAGAUGACACUGAAGGUGGUCUCUCUAGGCCUGUAUUUUGGGGAUCAGGCUUACCUCCGCAGCAGCUGGAACAUCUUGGAUGGCUUCUUGGUCUUCGUGUCUCUUAUUGACAUCGUGGUCUCGGUGGCCUCUGCUGGUGGUGCCAAAAUCCUGGGGGUGUUGCGGGUUCUCCGGCUGCUGCGCACCUUACGUCCCCUCCGAGUCAUCAGCCGAGCUCCUGGCCUGAAGCUGGUGGUGGAGACACUCAUUUCUUCCCUCAAGCCCAUAGGAAACAUCGUCCUCAUCUGUUGUGCUUUCUUCAUCAUCUUCGGCAUCCUGGGUGUGCAGCUCUUCAAGGGCAAGUUCUACCACUGCCUGGGAGUUGACAUCAGGAACAUCACCAACCGGUCUGACUGCAUGGCUGCCAACUACAAGUGGGUGCACCACAAGUAUAACUUCGAUAACCUGGGACAAGCUCUGAUGUCCCUCUUUGUUCUGGCUUCCAAGGAUGGCUGGGUCAAUAUUAUGUAUAAUGGACUGGAUGCUGUGGCUGUUGACCAGCAGCCGGUAACCAACAACAACCCCUGGAUGCUCCUCUACUUCAUCUCCUUCCUCCUCAUCGUCAGCUUCUUUGUGCUCAACAUGUUCGUGGGGGUGGUGGUGGAGAACUUCCACAAGUGCCGGCAGCACCAGGAGGCUGAGGAGGCGCGCCGGCGGGAGGAGAAGCGCCUGCGCCGCCUGGAGAAGAAGCGAAGGAAGGCGCAGCGUCUGCCGUACUAUGCUACCUACUGCCCCAUACGUCUCCUUAUUCAUUCGGUCUGCACCAGCCACUAUCUGGACAUCUUCAUCACUUUCAUCAUCUGCCUCAACGUGGUCACUAUGUCCUUGGAGCACUACAACCAACCUGUGUCCCUGGAGACCGCCCUCAAAUAUUGCAACUACCUGUUCACCACUGUCUUUGUGUUGGAGGCUGUUCUCAAGCUGGUGGCAUUUGGUCUGCGGCGAUUCUUCAAAGACAGGUGGAACCAGCUAGAUCUGGCCAUUGUGCUGCUGUCUGUCAUGGGCAUCACGUUGGAAGAGAUUGAAAUCAAUGCUGCUCUCCCAAUUAACCCCACUAUCAUUCGGAUCAUGAGGGUGCUGCGUAUCGCCCGGGUCCUGAAGCUACUGAAGAUGGCCACAGGAAUGCGAGCACUGCUGGAUACAGUUGUUCAAGCCCUGCCACAGGUGGGAAACCUUGGACUCCUUUUCAUGCUACUCUUUUUCAUCUACGCUGCUCUAGGAGUGGAGCUCUUUGGAAAACUGGUAUGCAAUGAUGAGAACCCCUGUGAGGGCAUGAGCCGCCAUGCCACCUUUGAGAACUUCGGGAUGGCCUUCCUCACACUCUUCCAGGUGUCCACAGGCGACAACUGGAAUGGGAUCAUGAAGGAUACCUUGCGUGACUGCAGCCACGAUGACCGAAGCUGCCUCAGCAACCUGCAGUUCAUCUCCCCACUGUACUUUGUCAGCUUUGUGCUCACAGCCCAGUUUGUCCUCAUCAAUGUGGUGGUAGCUGUGCUCAUGAAACAUCUCGAUGACAGUAACAAGGAGGCUCAGGAGGAUGCAGAGAUGGAUGCUGAGAUUGAGCUGGAAUUUGCACAUGGGCUGUGCUCCCGCAAGUCAGGAUCUGCAAAUUCAAGACAGGGAAAAGGAACAGGAACAGAAGGCGGAGGUGGGAGAACAGAUCCUGAAGGGCGCCUAUGCAUGAGAUGUUACUCUCCAGCACAGGAGAACUUAUGGCUGGACAGUGUCUCUUUAAUUAUUAAGGACUCCUUCGACGGGGAGUUAAUGAUCAUCGAUAACCUAUCGGGCUCCGUCUUCCAUCAUUACUCCUCGCCGGCCAUGUGCGAGAAGUGUAACCAUGACAAGCAAGAGGUCCAGCUGGCUGAAAUGGAAGCAUUAUCCCUCAACUCAGACAAGUCCUCUUCCAUACUUCUGGGAGAUGAGUCAGACAAUCGCAGCACUUCUCAGCUGAGUCCUAAGGAGAUCAAGCAGGAUCACCAGGACAGCCCUGACUCCAAUGGAGCAGGUGAUCUAGGGGAAUGCCUGCUCCCAAUAUCCAGUGAGGAUGACUCAAGAAACCCGGACAGUUACCUGUGUGAAAUGGAGAAAACUCCUUUCAACUCAGUCCAGUCUUGGCUAAAGCAUGAAAGUACCAAAGUCCUUCCCAGCCCCUUCUCUCCAGGUGCAUCUUGCCCUCUGUUACCUGUACCAGCAGAAUUUUUCCACCCAGCCAUCUCUGCCACCCAGACAGGGCCCGAGAAAGUCUCAUGUCCACGCAACCUUCCUAAGAUCUCUCUGCAAGGCUCAUGGGCAUCACUGAGAUCGCCGAGUGUGAACUGUUCACUUCUUCAUCAGGCCCCUGAGAGCGAUACCUCGCUGGACAGCCGGAGCAGCAGCUCGGCGGGCAGCCUGCAGACCACGCUGGAGGACAGCCUGAACCUCAGCGACUCUCCCCAGUGCACCCUGGACCUCCCGGUGGCUCUGUGCCCCGUGCCAGCUGCCGGCACCCAAAGACCCCUGGCAGCCCCCCUCUCCCCUGCCUCCCGCUGCCGGAGCCUGCGGGGCCGGGGGCUCUUCAGCCUGCAGAGCAUCCGUCGACACCAGCGCAGCCACAGCAGUGGCGGGAGCACCAGUCCCGGCUGCACCCACCACGACUCCAUGGACCCCUCGGACGAGGAGGGGGUGGGCAGCAGCCUGCGGGGAGGCGGCAACAACAGCGAGCCCUUGGAGACCCUCAGCAGCCUCUCGCUGACCUCCCUCUUCUCGCCCCCACCACCGGGGCUGACACUGGUGAAGAAGUGCAGCAGCACCAGCAGCCUCCACGCCAGCCCCUCACCCCGCCGCCCUACCGCCCACCACGCCAAGCCCUUCUACACCGUUGAUCCCCGGGGCUUCCUCUCCAUGCCUUCGUGGGUGACGGACUUCUGCAAGGACACCCGCUUACCCAGGGAAGGAGAGGAACCAGACAGCCCUGGCAGACUGGGGACGGGGGACCACGGCUCCCCGCUCCCAUCCAAGCUGGAGCUGGGUGAUGGAGUCAGCAAGAGGAACAGAUGAGGGUCCAUAGGGUGCAGGGAGGGAGCAUAAUGCCACUGGCACGGGGAGCGUGUUUCACUAGCUUCUCCACAGCAGCAAUUCCAAAGGAUUUGCAAGAAAAAGAACGAGGCAAACAAAAAUUUAUAAAUAUUUAUAUAUAUAUAUAUACAUAAAUAUAUAUAUAUAGAAUAAAUACUCUGGUACCGUACCUCAGAGGCAUGGGAGAGUGCAAGCAAUACAGGAACAGUCCUGCCUGAGGGCACGACCUGGACCAUCACCGCAGAGACUAUAGUGACAAGAAAAGGCCGUGGGGCUGGCAGGGACGGGACCCUCCAGCCAGGUGACUGCUGUGUGGCAGCUGUUUAGUUAUAUACAUAUACAUAUAUAGAGAGAUCGAUUUAUUUAUUUUUUUUACCAAGAGAUUAUGAAUUUCAGAAAGUGCUAAAGUGGAACAAACAAACGGGGGCUGAAGGAGGUGCUACACCAAACAAGGAGGGUGGGGGCAAAGAGAAAAGAAGCAGGGUGAGCAGCAAGGGAAGAUCAUCUGGGGUUUGCCUUGCCUGUUUCUGGGAACUUCCUUAUUGUUCAUGCUUCCAUUUCGAACAUUAAAAAUUGUGGACCAGACCUUCAGGUCUAGCAUAAAUUGGCAAAA